AUGCUUGGCCUUGUCAGAGAGGCCAAUGUUAGGCCUCUUCAAGCACUUGUUGAGGAUCCGACGAGAUAUUUCGCCAUUUCAGAAGCUAUUGGCCACAUCGACCUAUCUCUUGCUAUCAAAACGGGAGUACAGUACAGUCUUUGGGGUGGGAGUGUUCUGAACCUGGGAACGAAGCGUCAUUUUGACAAGUACUUUGACAAAAUCGACAGCCUUGAGUAUCCUGGAUGCUUUGCCAUGACCGAGCUUCACCACGGAUCAAAUGUCCAAGGGAUCCAAACAACAGCAACAUUUGACAGGUCAACGGACGAGUUCAUCAUCAACACGCCGAAUGAGGGCGCUACAAAGUGGUGGAUCGGCAACGCGGCUUGCCAUGGCAAGUUCGCAACAGUGUUCGCACGGCUGAGGCUUCCGUCCCCAACAUCAAAAGUCCUGGAGGACCUGGGUGUGCAUGCCUUCAUUGUCCCUCUGAGGAGUUUGGAGGACAACAGCGUUCUUCCAGGAGUUGAGAUCCGAGACUGCGGUUACAAAGUCGGCUUGAAUGGGAUUGACAACGGAGCUAUUCGAUUCCAUGACGUUCGGAUUCCGCGAGAGGACAUGCUUGACAGAUUUGGCACUGUCUCUGCCGAUGGCCAGUAUAGCAGUGAAAUUUCAAGUGCGAACAAGAGGUUCGCUGCAACGUUGGGAGAACUCGUCGGAGGCCGAGUUGGUCUUGCGUUUGGCUCUGUGGGAAUCCUGAAAGCAGCAUCAACCAUUGCUGUGCGCUAUUCCCUCCUCCGACAGCAGUUUGGGCCGCCUAACAAGCCUGAAAUUGCAAUUCUUGAUUACCAGUCACAGCAGCAGCGCCUGAUGCCGAUGCUUGCAUCAGCGUAUGCUUUCCAUUUCGCAACAAAUGAACUGGUGCAGCAGUAUGCGGAAAUGAAGCGAACCAAGGAUGAAGCCCUGGUGUCAGAGGUCCACGUCCUUUCCGCCGGUCUUAAGGCUUAUAUCACAUCCUACACCCAGGCUGCAAUCAGCACAUGCAGGGAGGCAUGCGGAGGCCAUGGCUACGCUGCGGUGAACAGGUUUGGCCGGAUGCGCAACGACCAUGACAUUUUCCAAACGUUCGAGGGCGAUAACACUGUGCUGCUGCAGCAGGUAGCAGCAGACCUUCUGAAGCAUUACAAAGAGAAGUUUUCAGGUGGUGCUCUUUCAGUGGGCUGGAACUACCUCCGUGAUUCUAUGGGCACGUACCUUGCUCAGACCAACCCAGUGACAACUCACCGUGAAGGUCAAUCGCACUUGAGGGACCCUCAGUUCCAGCUCGAUGCCUUCCAGUACCGCACUGCGAAGCUGCUUCACACGGCAGCGCUUCGGUUACGAAAGCACUCGAGGCGAAUGGGGUCAUUCGAAGCCUGGAACCGCUGUCUCAACCACUUGCUGGUCCUUGCCGAGUCCCAUGUUGAGUCGGUGAUCCUGGCUAGGUUCAUCAAGGCAGUCGAGAGAUGCGAGGACAAGGCAUGCAAGUCAGCGCUGAAGACCAUGUGUGAUCUGUAUGCGCUGGAGCGCAUCUGGGGUGACAUUGGAACGUACAGAAAUGAGGAUUAUGUUGCGCCCAACAAAGCCAAGGCCAUUCACCGCCUUGUGGAGUUCCUCUGCUACGAGGCCAGGGGCAUGGCCAAGGAGCUUGUGGACUCCUUUGGCAUUCCUGACGACCUGCUGAAAGCUCCAAUUGGCCUCCAGUCAGGACAGUAUGCUGAGUACCUCAGCUACGUCAGCUUCUGA